CUUAUUAUUCUCAAAGUAUUAUUAUUAAAGUUAUUAAUCGAUCUUUUGAGUCUGAUCGUUAAGUGACUUUAAAAAGGAUUACUCAGUCUUUCUAGACUUCUUGGUAACCUUUUUGGGUUUAUGGUCGUAAUACCAUUUGUAGACCUGAGUUUCCUCCAAGCCAAUCUCUUCAGCGAGCUUUUUCCUCUCUUUCUUGGGGAAUUUGAUGGGGUACUUGAUCAAGCUCUCCUCUAACCUUUGAAGUUGGAGAGGAGUCUUGGUUGUCUUGAACCUCAUCUUCUCAGAGUUCUUGACUGGGUCUUUGACCUCUUUAGACUUGCAGCACUCCUCAACAAGAGAGUCAAGGCUGGAUUGCUGAAUUACUUUCUCAACAAGAGCCUCAAUGCUGUCUGCAUCAUAUGAUUGUUCAGAUGAGUCAAGGGUGAGCAUCCUGUCCUCAGCAUCCUCUUCAUGGUUGGCGACGACUGAGGUGCAUUCCUGCCUCGAUACGUUGUCAAUAGACUCACUUCCCAAAGGAAUUGAGCACUCUCUUACUUCCUUAUUUAGAUCGGUUGAGAGAUCAUUUAGAGACUGAUUCUGGUCUAAGAAGCUGUUCUCCAUGAAGAAAAUAUCCUCAUUGAAUGGGUUUUCGUUACAUAGGGUGUUGAAUGGUCCCUCGUUGUAAUUGUCAAUAUAUCCUAGCAUUUAAAUAA